AUGUUCUCACCACGAGCGAUAUUCCGUUUCAUAUACGGCAGUUUCUACUUUGUCCUUUGCUUCCUCCUUGCCCUUCUCCUCCUUGUCACACCCGGCGACACCAUCUAUCAGGCCUAUUCGAACAAUCAGCCAUAUAAUAUAUGGAUCAUUGCCGCCGCUCUGGUCCUCACUACCCUGAUUGUCUCCUUCAUAUACGCGACGCGACUGUAUCUCAACAAGACAAUACUCGCAUCCAUACCGAAGCCAUGGGUUCCCAUCGAGAAGGGCGAUGUGAACAAAAAGGUUCACGAAAUGAUCACGGCCGAACUGAAGCGCAGCGCAGCCAUUGCCUAUGACGCAAGGCCGCGCAUCGAGACGAAUUUGUUAGGUGGUGAAAUGGAGGAGAUAUUGGCAGAAAAACAGAACUCCGGAGGCAGCGCGGCGAGGAAGCGCUUUCAGCUACCAACCCUGAAGAAGCCGGCCACAACAGAGAAGGAGACCGGCAUCGCGCUACCCCCUCGACGGCCAGUUUGGGGCGAAAUAGAACACUACGGCUGGUCAUCGCCCAACUCGCUGGACCUACCGGAUCUACAGUACAGCACCGUCCUCUCCGAGCUGCCGAACCUCAUCGAAGCGAAAGCCCUGACGUUGGCACCCCCCGAUCCUACCUCUCCCACAAAACCACCGAUGCUCGAUGCCGAUGCAGUGAACUUGCUGCAGCGCCCGCUACCCAUGAGUUUGCGCGACUAUCUCGGCCACCUGGCUGAUCUGGGGGUCAUCUCGCUUAAUGCGACGACCGCAGACUUCCUCUCCACUUAUGAAUAUGCGCGCUUCUCUACGCGGGCGAUGUCGAAUGCCCAAUUCCGCGAAUUGAUGCAUCUAUUUGCUGCGAUACUACGCGGCAUGCGACCGUUGGAUCCGGCAGUCCUCGGUCCUCUGGACGGGCCCAGCGAGGGCUCGGAAAGCGAUAUUGACAACGAUGCGCCCAUGGCCACAAAUCCUACCACUCCACGCAGCUUAUCCCGGUCUGCGACACAGAGCACGCAAGGCUCUUACAACAGGAGAGCGCCGACCGUAAACGCGCGCAACUCCUCUGCAAAUACAUGGGCUCAAUACCGCACCGCGCCAGCUACUCCACUGGGUACGUUAACAGGAGCUAUAUCGAGAUCCUCCAGCAUGAAUAGCUUCGCCCAGACUCGGCCGGCAUAUGGCCCCAAUCACUCUUCAUCCAGCGUCAGUUUGCGGUCGAGGUUAUCAGGAAGUUCCGCCUCGGGCUCCGUCAUCAGACUGGCAACGCGGACGGACUCAACCAACCUGCCAUACAUCCUCUCUCUGCGGGAGACCAGGACCGGAUGA